AGGAGAAGAGUGGCAACUGCGCCACACCUCCCUCAUCUCUCCUCGGUCUCGCACCGUCCCCCUCGCCGGCUCGUCGCGGCGGCAGGCGGAGGCGGCUCAGCCCUCGCGCCCUGGCUUCUUCCAUCGACGGCCGCCGGCAAGCUCCACGGCGCCAGCUUCCCCAGCCGGCCAGCCAGCCCUUUAUCAAGACUGCAAGGAGUUUUAUUUUCAGGCAGUGAUAGGCACUUUUCAAUGGCAUGUGCUUCAAAAACCAUUCCAAUUGGUUUUGCCAACUGUGGUAUUUAUGGAGAGACAAGGCUACUCUCACCAAGCUACAAAAACUACCCAAGGAGAUUCUCUUAUAAAUUUCUCAAAGUUCGUGCAGUACAGGGAAAUGAUGGCCGUCGAAGGUUAGUUGACAUAAUCCGAAUCAUCCCUGAACUCUCAAGAAACUAUUUCAGAAGCCGGUCAAGGAGAGCUCUUUUUGGUGGUAUAUCACUUCUGGGUGGCUUUUAUGUGGCGCAAACAAUAUCUCUUUCUUUUGGAGCAUUGGGUGUGAACGAUGUUAUAGCAGCAGUUGUGUGUGUCCUGCUGACUGAAUAUGUAACUAAGUUUUACUACAGCCGGCCUAAGGUUACCUUCCCAUUUGCUCUCCUCAACAACUUCAAGAUGGGUUUCACAUAUGGCCUGUUUAUUGAUGCCUUCAAGCUUGCUAGCUGAACUGAAAUUCUACCUACUGGUGCUUUACAUGGUCUUGAAUCUUGAGAAAUGGCAAUAUGGUGAAGAAAUAGCAUGCCCUUAUGAUUUGAUUAUUGGGACGAGGGAUCUAUAGUUCUGUGGUUUUACUCCUGAGCUUUGUUCUCUUAUGAGAAGGUAGGCUUGUUGCCGGUAUAGUUUUCGAGUUGGUGGAUAGUUUUUCAUGGAUUGGCCCACUUGUGCUAUCCUGUAGUGUGAUGAUGCUACAUAUUUCUUUUGAGAUUUCUGAUUACAUGUGAUUGAAAUCCGGUGUGUACAUAUGCACAUUUCAAGCUAUCUAAUACUGAUCAUCUCAUGAAAAGCUAUGUAAUUUCUAGUGGAACUUUAUUCAGAUUA